AUGCGUGGCACUUGUUCCGGUCUGAAAGGGCCGAAAACGUCACAGGCCGAAAGCCGGAAAGGAGAACUCUUGGCGUUCGUUGACAUCCACAGCCACUCUAAGCGCCGUGGUGUCUUCGCCAUUGCCAAUGGGAACGAUGCAGAUCGCUUGGUGUCGCUCUUGGCCAGCAGGACUCCCUUGCUGGACGUGGCUGGAACCAACCGCACCGAGACACGGCCCCAAGAUGUCGGUGUUGGCCGGGUGGCAGCUGCAAGCCAGGGAUACAAAUAUAGUUUAACCAUCGAAUCCUCCCUUUGUGCACGACAUGUCGAAGUGGGCGGCAAGCACCUGUUGUUGCAGGAUCUGGUCAGUGUUGGACGCGCGGUUUGCCUUGCCAUUGCAGACCUUUUGUGCCAGGAUGAAAUGCCAAUCGAGGUCAUUUGCGCCCAAGGUGAUGAUGACCUUGAUGAAGAUGCGGAUGCAGUCGAUGAAGGUCAGCUCCCAUUUGACUGA